GCACACGAGCGGGACCGAGACGGCGAUCUCUUUCUUCUCUCACCUCUCUCUUCUUUCUACCCUUCCUCCCUCUCACGUCCCCACUCCCCGGUUGCCGUCAGUGCGUGUGGCAUACUCCACUGUUCUGUCAAACUCGGAACAAAAAGGGGUGAAGGCCCGUGCGCGCGCGAGAGUUGCAAGUGAGUGAAAGCCUGUGUGUGGGGUGGGGCCGUCCGUCCGUCCGUUCGUCCGCGAAUCUCGUCAGAGAAGACAUGAAUUAAUCGGGGCCCCGUUCGCCGCGUUGCCGAUCGUGCACGACCGUGUGUGGAAUCGCAAACGCCGAGAAAGGGAUCGUGAGAACGAAAAAAGGAGAGAUAAAAAAAAUAAGAAAGAAACGUAACACGCGCCUGCGAUAUCGUCGCGAACCCUGACCGCUGCUCAUUCUCGGUGGAAUCGGCUCUGCGCGACAGCGCUGCGGGGUGGACGACAGCCAUGGAGGACGAUCUGCCGACCGAGUACGACGUGGUCGUCGUAGGAACAGGUAUGACCGAGUCCAUCGUCGCCGCGGCGGCAAGCAGAAUCGGCAAAAAGGUCCUCCACCUGGACAGCAACGAAUAUUAUGGAGGUCUCUGGGCCACGUUCAAUUUCGACGGUCUGCAAAAAUGGAUGGAGGACCUGAAAACGGCGAAGGAUAACGCGAGAAACACGAGUGUCAACUUGGGGGCAGGCGAAAAAUUCUUAAAGGCUAGUGAUCAAUAUUCCACGGUUGAGAACAUUGGAGAAACCUGGUACAUUUCCAAUGACGCAGAUCUGCCUGACGUCUCUUCGAAAGACACCCAGACUGAGAGUUCGGGAGACACCACCGCUGCCGAGGGUGCGGAAAAGACUGAUCAGGAUAAGGCUGACAAGAAGGAGAACGUGAAACAAUGGAGCAUAGACCGUAUCAAAAAGGAAUAUAGAAGAUUUAAUAUCGACUUGGCACCUAAGUUAUUAUUCGCCCGUGGCGAAUUAGUAGAGCUGUUGAUCUCCAGCAAUAUCGCGCGUUACGCCGAAUUUCGCGCGGUCUCUAGAGUCGCCACUUACAUGGACGGCAAACUCACGCAAGUCCCCUGCUCACGUGCCGAUGUUUUCGCCAACAAGACCGUCAGCGUCAUCGAGAAGAGAAUGUUGAUGCACCUUUUGACAUCUUGCAUGGAGCAAGGCGCCGACAGUCCAGAGUUCGAUGGUUUCCGUGACAAAACCUUCUUAGAGUAUCUUAAUACAAAAAAACUCACGCCUAUAGUGCAGCAUUACGUCGUGCAAGCGAUCGCAAUGGCGACGGAGAGAACGUCGUGCAGGGAUGGCGUCAAUCGUACAAAGCAUUUCCUCAACAGUCUCGGACGUUACGGAAACACACCCUUUUUAUGGCCUAUGUAUGGGAGCGGAGAAUUGCCCCAAUGUUUCUGCAGAUUAUGCGCCGUCUUUGGCGGAGUUUACUGCUUGAAGAGACAACUGGACGGCGUGGUAGUUAAUGAGGACAAAUGCAAAGCCAUCAUCACCGGGAAGCAGAGAUUGGCGUUGGAGCAUCUAGUCGUGGGACAGGGCCACCUGCCACCGGAAAUUGUAGCCUCCGAGGGAGAGAAUCAAAUCUCACGCGGUAUUUUCAUCACCGAUAGGUCAAUUAUGCAAGGGGAGAAGGAAAGUCUGACUCUUUUGUAUUAUCCGCCGGAGGCACCAGGCCAAGAACCAGUCACUCUCAUUGAACUGGGACCAUCCACCAACGCUUGUCCGCAAGGAUUAUUCAUGGUUCACAUGACGUGCAAGCGUACCAAGAAUGCAAAGGAGGAUCUGUCAUACGUCGUAAACAAGUUCCUGAGAGCUGAACAGCUUGAUCCUAAUGCCGCACGCAGUUCCUCCGAUUGCCACACCCAAACGGUUUCUCCUGACAAACGACAUCUUCAGGAUGAUCAGCAGGAAAAGGAAGCGACCGAGUAUCCGAUACCUCAAGUGUUAUGGUCCUUGUAUCUAAAUUUACCUGCGAGCGACAUUAAGCUGAGUGAUUCCGCGCCGAGUAACAUACACUUGUGUUCCGGACCGGAUCUCGAGCUCGAUUUUGACUUUGCUGUGAACCAGGCCAAGAGCAUUUUUAAAUCCAUGUAUCCGGAUGAAGAUUUCCUGCCGCGUGCGCCUGAUCCAGAGGAAAUUGUUCUUGAGGGCGACGAAGCACCGGGUCCGAAAUUCGAGAGUGGCGAGCCCGCGGAGGGCGAAGAGAAACAGGAUGUUGAGAAAGCUGAGAAGGAGGAGUGAAUAAUUAUUACAUAAUGCUUUCGCGUCGAAUGGAAGAGGCUUUCGCGCCUUUAGUGUCUUUUACCUUGACAUCGUUAUUGCAUUUCCUUAUAAACGUACUUGAAAAAUUGAAACGAAAAAAAGAUAACGAGCAUGGAACACGAAUCAUGAGAUAGUAACGGCAGAAAGAGAGAAGCUUCACGACAUCGAUCUUACUUUGAAUUGCCUUCUACCUGUUUUGGCUAUCUAUUUUUCGUCGUUGAAUCGUCGUUGUAUCUCCGGUUCGUCUCUCUUAUCGGUGCAGACACGUACUUUUGUAUUUGACGUUUUACUCACAGAGUAGACUUGCUUUGGCAAAGGCACAGACUCGUUAGAGGAGCACAAAUACGUUGACGAAAGUGAAUACGAAAUUGCGAGGCGAUUAUAAAUUCCUGAGUGAGGAUAAUCUCGAUGUACAAUUCAUAUAUACAGAUUUUUUUUAUUUUUAUCAAUUUAAUCAUUCCUGUCGUGCAAGACUUGAACGACGAUACUAUUGUGGAAAGAGAGCUUAAGGAUUCCUUUCCAAGUAGGGCGUAACGCUUGCUCGUCAUCUGAAAUUACGAACGUAUCCUGCAUACUGUAACGCGACAUCGACGGAGAAAUGAUGAAAGUGAAUAUCACGUGUCAUGCUUUGAUACUUUAGUGGAUAUUAACGGCAUACCGCAAUUUACAUCCAAUGUAUUGUAUGUGCACAAUUGCCAUUAGUCAUUUAGAUAGACAUCGCGACGUAUUGGGAUUGAUAGUUUGUAUUACAUGCAUUAUAUAUGUACAAGUGGAUAUGCUACCUUUAACGCGCUUGUCAUGAUAUAUCUGUAAUAAACAUGAAAGAAACGAAUGCGCGAGUUCGGUUUAUAUGAAUGAUUCAUCGACAGUAAUCGAAAAUAAUUAUUUCUUUUCUGGUGUAUCGUUUUGAAUUCAUUUUUACAAUGGUUUUUACGUUUGCGCGCAUAAA